AUGGCGGCUGCGCAGGCGAUCAUGCAGACCAAGCCGCCCCAGUGGCAGAAGUGCCACAUCUUCGAGAUGGACGGGUACUUCCUGAACCAAGGCUUUUUCAAGGAGCACCUGGCGAUGGUGAGCCAGACGUUCUGGGACGACUCGGCCGCCGAGCACGCUGAGGGCACCCUGCGCUGGCUCCUCUACAACAGCCAGGAGGGGUCCUCCGUGGGAAUCCACCUCCGCUUCGGCGACGAAGAGUUCAUGGGCAGGAAUCUGCCGCUGCAGUACUACAACGACGCGCUCUUGGAGGUCAGCAAGCGCACCGGCGAGAAGUUGACGUGCGUUAUUUUCUCGGACAAGAUGGAGCAGGCCAUGAAGAGGAGCAGGCAUUUCGACCUGUGCUCGACGCGCAUCCCGAUGACGCCGGGGCUGAGCGACCAGAAGACCUUCUACAUGAUGAGUAUGCUGCCUAACCUCAUCAUCGCCGACUCCACGUACUCCUUCUGGGCAGAGGCCAACGCGAGCGAGAGUGAUGCCAGUCAGCUAGACGGACUGUUGUGGCACGAGCACCAGACAGCGGCGCUGUACGACACUAGCUUGGCCAACCGCCACAACAGGCUCGGCAACAGCUGGUCCCACUGUGCCAUGCCCAUCUUCCGCGAGCUCGCCAGCGGGGGUGCCGAAGAGCCAGUCUGGGAGUUCAGCUUUCCACAGUCCCUGAAGAUGUUCGGACUGGCCUUGCAGAGGAUGCAGAUGGGCCAGCACGCAGCGCCAUGCCGAGCCCGACAUCCGGGCCCAAGCAUCGAGGUAGCCAGACAUCACAGAAUUCUCGAGAAGAUCCCGAUGAGAGGUCAGAGGAAGCUCGCCAAGGCAGAGCAGCGGUACGAGAAGGCGCGGCCAGGCCAGUCGCGACUGGGACAUCUGAAAGAAACGCUGACAAAUUGUGAGUGUCGUUCAGAAGGCAUACUGCUCAAAAAAGGUGCCGAUGCUAUUAUCCUGUAA